GGCCACCCCUCUCCGCCCCCAGCCUGGCGCCCAGUCCCCAGUCGGCACCUCUCCAAGGCGCAGUGCGGAGAAGGCCGCGGGCCCCAGGAUCGCGUCGGGUCACAGCCGAGCCGCAGCGCGUCGGACUUUGUGGCGGGCGGGGCGAGGGCCGGGGCGCCAUGGGGUCUGAUCCGGGAGACUUCGCACCGGAGGACGAGCCGGUGGAGGCGCCGGUGGGUGGACCGGGGGGUGUCCCGCCACCGGGGCCAGGGGGCGCUGGUCAGGUCCCUCCUCAGGGGCCGCAGCGGCGUGGUGGGUGGGGGUGGCGGCACCCGUGGGGCGGUGGCGGCGGCGGUCCGGGGACGGCCCUGUUGCUGCUGCCCCCGCUGCUGCUGCUGCUCCUGAGCACCGCCAGCAUCACCCCCUCCGCGGAGGCGGCGGCCAUCGUCAAGCGCAGUUUCAACGAUCAAUCCGUGCGGGGCUAUCUGACGGAGCGGGCGUGCUGGUGGAACGAGAUAUGCAAGGAGGAGUUCCAGACGCAGUUCCGGUGCAAGUGCCCCCAGUGGUCCUACUGCCGCUCGCCGGGCCGCUAUUACAACGCGUACUGCACCGUCACCGGCACGGGGUACAUCUGGACGCAGCCCGGCUGGGGUGGCUCGUCUGCGGCCGCGGCUGCAGCCGCCCCCGCGGCGGCGGCGGCGGCGGGGACCUGAGGGAGGAAGAGAAUGUCUGAGGGAGGAAGACCGAGCGAGAGAGCGUGAUAGAGAAAGAGAGAGAGGGGGGAGGGAGAGGACAUGAGCGCGGAGUCGGAGAAGAGAGUGAGAGCGAGAGCAAUGAUUGUGUUCGGUGUUUGAGAAGUACAUGCACUGCCCCUUACUGCCAGGCUGAUCCAAAGCCACUUUGUAAGUCACGAAGAAAUUGUUAAGAAUUUCAAGGACUCUAGAACUGAAUCUUAAAAGUGACCAGUUUCACGGAUAGAACUUAGUGCGCCUCCAUAUUCAAGUCCUUUAAAGACAUAUAAUUAAAUUUUCGAUGCAAUACUUUUGUAAGUUAUUGUACUGCGAGUGGCAGGGAAAGAAAUCUGUCCACUCAUGAAAUAAAACUGAGCUAUGGUGUUUA